UUCGCCACCGCCGCCGUCACCGCCAUGGCGGCCGAGGCGACAGCGGGGACCGAGGGGACACCGACAGGGCCACCCCCGGGGCCACCAGGGCCACCCCCGGUGUCACCCCCGGUGUCGCCGUUCGUGCCACCCCUGGACUGCAGCGGUGACGACGCUCAGGCCAUGGGCCGGGAGCCGCUGCCCGUGCUGCGACAGAUUUUGGCCGCCUGCGCUUUUCCCGAACUUUUGGACUCGCCCUCUCUGCCCGAGGCCGCGCGGGAUCGCGCCCGGAGGAUCCUGAGGGAUAUGGACGCCGGGAAUAUCGGUGGAUACAACCACGAGCACCGAUCCCACGGGGUCCCCGCCAAAAUUUCCCGGUUCCUGGAAUUCCGGGAUGGAAUCCCCUGCGACCCCAAAAACAUCGUCCUGUGCAGUGGGACAGCAACGAUGAUCCCAUUCGUGCUGUCCCUGUUCGUGUCCCCCGCCCCGUCUCCGCCCCCCGGGGUUCUGGUUCCGGUGCCGGGCCCGGCUCUGUGCCGCGCGGUGCCGGUUCUGGCGGGCGCUGAGCCGGUUCCGUUCGCGCUGAGCGAGUCCCGGGGCUGGGCCGCGAGCGGGGCCGAGCUGCGCCGGCGGGUCCGGGAGAGCCGGGGGCGCUGCGAGCCGCGCCUGCUCUGGGUGCUCAACCCCGGCGACCCCACCGGUCACGUUUUAAGCCGGGCUGAGAUGCAGGAGCUGCUCGAGGUCGCGUACGAGGAGUCGCUGGUGGUGCUCGCGCACGAGGUGCACCAGGAUCUGUGUUUCAGCGCCGAGCGCCCGUUCCUGCCCUUCCGGCGCCUCCUGGCCGAGCUGGGACCGCCCCUGAGCGACGGCGUCCAGCUCGUGUCCGUCUAUUCCCUGAGCAAGAGCGCGGCUGCCGAGAGCGGGUUCCGGGCAGGGUUCCUGGAGUUCCUGAACGUGGAUCCCGCCAUCCUGGCCCCGUUCCAGCUGGCCCAGUCCCUGCCCCGGCCCUGCGUCCUGGGCCGGAUCCUCCUGGAGCUGGUCCUGGAGCCGCCGGACGAGCGGGAUCCCAUCAGCAGGGAGCUGGAAAAGCACCGCCGUUCCCUGUGCCGGGAUCUGGCCGCCAACGCCCGCCGGGUGCAGCAGCAGCUCGGCCGCGCCCUCGGGAUCCGGUGCCAGCCCCCGGCCGGGGGACCCCGAGUGUUCCCAAAAUUCGAGAUCCCGCCCCGAGCCCGGAGCCAGGCCCGGGCGCUGGGUCUGGAGCCCGACGGCUUCUUGUGCCAGUGGCUGCGGGAGAGAGCGGGGCUGGGGGUGACAGCGGGGAGCGACUGCGGGCUGGGGACAGGGGACAGCGGGGACAGCGGAGACAGCGGGGACAGCGGGGACAGCGGGGACAGCUGCCACCUGGGGCUGUCGCUGCUGCUGCCGCCGCCGGUGAUGAAUCGAGCCCUGCAGCUCCUGUGCCACUUCCACGGGGAAUUCCUGCGGGAAUUCUCCUGAACCCCAAAUUCCAGCUGGGAAUUCUCCUGAACCCCAAAUUCCUGCGGGAAUUCUCCUGAACCCCAGAUCCCUGGGAAUUCUCCUGAACCCCAAAUUCCAGCUGGGAAUUCUCAGGAAGAGGCUCCAGAUCUUCAGGAUUUUGGAAAAAAUUUCCAAGGAUUUUUGGGAAUUUUCUGAAAUUUCUGUGGUUUUUCCCUGAAUUCUUCACAAAUUCCUGAUAAAUCCCCCCAAAAUUUCACCAUUUUCUCAGAUUUUUCCCCAGAAUUCCCAGAUUUUUCAUUAAUUUUUUCCACAAUUCCCCAAUUUUUCCCCAAGUCCAAUUUUCCUGAAUUUUUGCAAUUUCCCCCCAAAUUUUCCCAUAUUUUCCAAAUUUUCUCCCAAAUUUCCCCAUUUUCCCCAAAUUUUCCCAAUUUCCCACCAAGUUUUACCCAAUUGUUUUCAAAUUUUUCCCAGUUUUUGCCCCAAAUUUUGCCAGUUCUUACCCAAGUUUCCCCAUUUUUCCCUGAUCCCCUAGAUUGUCCCAAAUUUCCUCAUUUUUUCCAAAUCCAGUGUUUCCCAAAUGUCCCCAUUUCCCCCCAAAAUUCUUUGAAAUCCCCCAUUUCCCCCAAAUUUUUCCAAACUUUCCCAAUUUCUGUUUUAUUCCCAAAUCCCUCAAAUUUUCCCUACUUUUUCCAGAAUUUCCCCAAAUUUCUCCCCAAAUCCCUCAAAUCUCCCCCAGAUUUUAUCCCAAUUUUUUCCAGAGUUCUCCAGAAUUUCCCAAUUUCCCUCAAAUCCCUCAAAAUUUUCCCAGUUUUCCCCCCAAAUUUCCCCCAGUUCUCCUCAUUUUUUCACAAAUACCCCAAAUUCUUCCAUUUCCCCCUCAAAUUUUCCCAACUUUUCCCACAAAUUUCACCAUUUCCCGCCCAGAUUUUCCCCAUUUUUUCAAUUUCCCCCCAAAAUUCCCCCCCAAAUUUCCUUGAAAUCCCCCAUUUCCCCCAAAUCCCUCAAAUUUCCCCAAAAUUUUCCAGAAUUUCCCCAAUUUUCCCACAAAUUUCCCCAUUUUUCCAAAAUCCCCCAAUUUUCCCCAUUUUUUUCCCAAAUCCCUCAAUUUUCCCUCAGUUUUCCCUCAAUUUUCCCUCAAUUUUCCCCCAGAUUCCUAAAAUUUUUCCCCAAAAUUUUCCAGAAUUUCUCCAAAUUUUCCCCAAAUUCCUUGAAUUUUCCCCCAAAUCCUGCAAAUCUCCCCUAAAUUCCCCAAUUUUUCCCCAACUUUUUCCUUGAAUCCCUCAAAUUUCCUCCAAGUUUUCCAGAAUUUCUUCCAAUUUCCCACAAAUUUUCCGCCUCCAUGUCCACCAAAUUUUCCAGGAUUUCCCCAAAAUUUUCCCCAAAUCACCCAAAAUUCUCCCAAUUUUUUUCCCCCAAAUUUCCUUUAAAUCCCCCAAAUUUCCCACAGAUUCCCCUCCCAGCCCGGAUUUUUCCCACCUUUUCCUCUAUUUUUCCAGGUUUUUUCCGGGAAUUCCCGUUGGAUCAGCACCGCCAGCCGCUCCCUCUCCUCCCGCCGGGUGCAAUAAACGAUCACAGAAUUCCCAAAAUUCCCAACAUUCCCAAAAUUCCCCAAAUUCCACCCUCGGAGCAGCUCCAGCAGUGCUUGGACAAGAAAAAAAUGGGAUUGGAAAAGAAAAAUUGGGAAUUGGCCCCAAAAAAUGGGGACUUUUCCCCAAAUAAAAGGGAUUUUAUGGCAUAAAAAUGGGGAAAUUACCCCCAGAAACUGGGAUUUUUUUUUCUCAUAAAAAUUAGGAAUUUAUUCCCAAACAAAUCAGAAUUUUUAGCCAGAAAAAUUGGGAAUUUGUCCCCAAAAAUUUGGAUUAUUUUUCCAUAAAAAUGGGGAAAUUGUCUCCAAAAACACGGAUUUUCUUCUCAUAAAAAUGGGGAACUUGUCCCGAAAAAAUUGGCAUUUUUUUCACCAUAAAAAUGGGAUUUUAGAGAGUAAAAACUGGGAAUUUGUCCCCCAAAAUUGGAAUUUUUUCUCAUAAAAAUGGGGAAUUGAUGACAAAAAGUUGUGAAUUCUUUUCCCAUAAAAAUGAGGAAUUUGUGACAAAAA